GACCUUGCGCUUAGCGAUUACCAAUUCAAGAACCCGAGAAGCUCUGUGGAAGUCAAUCAGUGGCCGGUCGCUAUCUUUUGCCAGGCGCAUUGCCCUUGCACAGGCCUGGCCGGUGUUGAAGCAACGCCUGCCACCAGUGAUCACUUUGCAAGACAUGCAGUACAUCACUGCUGAGCUAAAGGUCAGAGUCUUGCAGAGCGCGGUAGAGGACCCGAAAUCUUUCAUCACCUGGAUCUCCCAACAGGUUUCGCCUGUGGCCAUUAAAUUUGCGUUGGCGAGACUCCGACCGCAACUUGAGAAGCACCUACCGCCAGGCAUUCUGUGGAAAGAUACUGCGCGGGUGCUGGAACAUUUGGAGAUCCAGGACAUCCAGGAGGCGCUCACGGACCCUCGCAGUUUCUUCAAGUCUUUGGCGACGCGGACUGACAAGAUUGGAACCGAAUGGUGGGUUGUGCAAGUAAAGCGCCAGCUUGAGCCUCGGAUGCCUGCAGGCGUAAAAUGGGAAAAAUUGGCUGACAUCCUAAAGUUCCUCACCAUUCGGGAGCUAAACGAUGCUAUGAACCGCCCACGAAGGUUUAUGCUGUCCCUAACAAAGCGUGGUGGCCCGAUUGCUUUAAAGUGGAUGGUGGCCAGCCUACAACCAAGCUUGGAGGCCUUGUUGCCCAUUGGUAUCCCUUGGCAAGAUGUUCAGGUAGAGCUUCUGCGCUGUGACAUGACUGCAUUGAAAAAAGGCCUUCAGGAGCCACAAGCCUUGUUGGAUUCACUGAUCCGACAGACAGGCCCACUUGCAGCCAAAUUUGCCAUACAGCAGGCGAAACCUGUGCUCCAGACCCUUGUAGAAAAGGGCGUGAGCUGGAAAGACAUUGAAGACUCCUUGAAGGCAGUUGAAAUUCACGACCUGGUUGAGGGUUUGAAAGAUCCACGUAGGUUCAUAGCGGAGGUAGAGAGAACUGCGGGGCCACCAGCACGCGCGUGGGUUUUGGUCAAAGUCAAGGCUGCGGUGGCGGCCGUGCUGCCGCCUGACGUUACAUGGGAAGAUUUGGAUGGCAUAGAAAACACCGUCGGUGAGAUGAGUUUAGAGGAACUGCGCCAAGAUUUGAUGCAGCCAAACCGGCUCUUGAUGUCGUUGGCUUCAAAAUUCCACCCGUUGGCUGUCAAAAUCGUGCUGCAGAGACUUUGGGGCAGUUUAGAGGAGAUGAGCCUUGUCAAGGAGGAACCAUUCAGCUUGCAAGGGCUAGCCGCAGGAUCUGUUACAAUGCAGGAUAUUGAAUCUAUCCUGUUGAAGUUGCCGCCGCUUGUCAUCGCAGAAGCUUUAGAGCGACCAGAUGGUUUCCUGCAGAAGCUCGAGAAGGACAUGUUCCAUACAUCACGCUUUUUCAUCGUCCUCUUGAAGCCCAAGUUGGAAGAUCUUGUGCCAGAAGAAAUUGGUUGGGAGAACUUUGAGAUGGUCUUGGAAAAAAUCAGCUUGCAAAAUUUGAAGGGCUUGUGCACAGACACGGGCAAGCAAGAGUUAAGUUGGGGCGAUGUCGAGCGCUACUUGGAGAAGGAAAAUCACGCUGCAAUUCACUGGAGUGUAGCGAGACUGCGCCCACGCCUGGAA